UUAUUUCUGUCUGCUACUCAACUGUUCCCUUCUUCCUUGAUCCUUCCUUAAUUCAAACCUGUCUCCUCAUUUUCCUGCUUUGCUUUGCUUUGCUGCAUUCUCACUUCAGCUCAGCAUCACCGCCUUGUACCUCUUGCAUCGCCUGCUUGUACUUCCAUGGCGUCCUCUGCUCAGCUCCCGCUCCUCGAGGUUCCCGUUCCGGACUCGGAGCUGGACCGAUGCUUGACUGCUCUCGACCGAUUUCUCGGCCUCCUCGGCUUCCGCCAGCACAGUCUACUCAGCGCCACCGCCUCGUGGCUCGCGUUUUUUCUGCUCGCCGUUGCUCUGCCGCUCUCUGUUAUCGAGUUUUCGAGGUGCGACGGAUGUGAUAAGUAUGAGAUUGAGACGUUCGAGGUUCAGAUUACCGUCUCUCAGGCGGUGGUCGCGGCCGUUUCGCUCCUCUGCCUGUCGCGAAAUCUGCGAAAGUAUGGCGUGCGGAAGGCGCUGUUCGUCGAUCGCUGCCAUGGACACACGGCGCAGUUCCGGAAACUGUACAUUCAGAAGAUUCGCGGCUUCUACUACAUGCUGGCUACAUGGUUCGGGGUUUGUUUCCUAUUGAAGGCGGCCCGCGAGGUUGCGCGAUUGAUUUUUAUUAAUCAUGGUUCUUGGUGGUUGUCUACCGUCUUGUUUUUGGCCUCUCUAAUAUCUUGGUCAUAUGCAACACUGGUAUUUCUAUCUGGAUGUGCUUUGUUCAAUUUGGCUGGAAAUUUGCUAAUAAUACACUUUGAAAAUUACGGAAAAAUUCUCGAGAGAGAUUUGGAUGUUUCAGUUUACAUAGAGGAGCACAUGAGCCUAACCCAUGAUUUGUCCAAAAUAAGUCAUAGGUUUCGGAUAUUUCUUCUUCUGGAGUUCUUGUUUAUUACAGCCAGUCAGUUCAUGGCAUUGCUGCAGACAACUGAAAAUCAGGGCAUCAUCAACAUCGUCAAUGCAGGGGAUUUCGCAGUAUUAUCCAUUGUUCAGUUGGUUGGAAUGGUUCUCUUUCUAAGUGCAGCGGCAAAAAUGUCGCACAGAGCCAUUAGUCUUGGUUCGAUAGCUAGCAGAUGGCAUGCUCUGGUUACCUGCAAUUCCAAUGAUGUUUCGGGUUCUGGAAUUCUAGAUAAUGGCGGAAAUACUGAGUCUUGCCCUCCUGUGGGGUCACUACCUGCUGCUUUGUCUGAAAGCGAUUUGGAGUCUAGCGACUACAUGCCGUUGGCUGCAAGUUUGCAGCCGGUAUCUUCUACAUCAUCAUAUAACAGAAGACAAGCAUUCGUUGUAUAUGUGCAGUCGAACACAGGUGGUUUCACUAUCUUUGGAUGGAUGGUCGAUCGGAUCCUCAUCAACACAAUCUUCUUCAUCCAUUUAUCCCUGGUUUUCUUCGUUCUCGGGAAGACUGUCACCAUCACCAUCAGAUAACGAACGAUCGAUCACAGACCCCGUCACAACAGCAGAACUUCUAUUCCCUAUCCUAUCCUAACAAGCAAGUGAAGUGAAACAACAACAUACAAGUCAGUAUCUUAUACUUUUUAUUCCGCCUAAUUUUAUGCCUUCUAUGCAGCUCUAAUUAUGCUUUAUUUAUAAUUUACAUCUCAUGAAAUAUUUGUUUUGCUCUGGGCACAUAUGUAUGCGAGUAUUAUGAUAUUUUCAUUUCCCAGCAUGAGAAAUUUUGUUUUAUAGAAACAUGAGAAAUUUCCAUAUUAAGUUUUUAUAAUUUCUUCUACU